AUGGAGAGAAAAACUUCCUGCAGUAUUAUCAUCAUAAGCAGCAGUGAUUUGGAAGGAAAUAGACAGGUAGGUAUUAAAUAUAAGAACCGUGGCGAUGGCGAAGAGGAAAGGGAGAAAAAGAGGAUGAAUCUUUCCAGUAACAUCAGGAAGAGAAAAAGCAGCAGCAGUAGCAAAACUGACAACAGCAGUGACUGGGGAGAGAACAGUGAAGAAAAGUUUAAAAAGGAAAGUUUAAAAACUAGGAACAACAGUGAUAGUGAGGAGGAAAGGAAGAAAAAGAGGCAAAAACUCUCCAGUAACAUCAGGAAGAGAAAAAGAAGCAGCAGUAGCAAAACUGACAACAGCAGCGAUUGGGGAGAGAACAGUGGAGAAAAGGUUAAAAAGGAAAGUUUAAAAACUAGGAACAACAGUGAUAGUGAGGAGGAAAGGAAGAAAAAGAGGCAAAAACUCUCCAGUGACAUCAGCAGCAGCGCUGAAGAAGGAUGCAGCCAGAAGAGGCCCUGUGUUCAGGCCAGGAGGCCCCCCGCUUUGGACAUCACAAGCUACACAUUCCAUCGUGUACUAGGAAAGGGUACAUUUGGCCAAGUCGUGUUGGCCUCCACACCUACCAACAAUCACCAAGUGGCUAUUAAGGUCAUCCCGAAGAAGUCACGGAUGGUGAACAGAGAGAGCAUUCUACGGGAGGCACGGGUGCUAAGGGUUGCAGCUGGGCAUCCAUACCUGUGCCAUAUGCAUGCAGCCUUUCAAACACAGAACUACGCAUUCAUCGCUAUGGAGUUUGCCAGUAGAGGAAGCCUUAAGGAUUUACUCACGAAGAAACACCACCUGAAAACCAGACAAGUGAUCUUCUACUCUGCGGAGAUGGUGUGCGGCCUGCAGUAUCUUCACUCUCGUGGAAUUAUCCAUUCUGAUCUCAAACCAGACAACAUCCUGGUAAGUAGCGAGGGUCACAUCAAGAUUGCAGACUUCGGCCUGGCAGCAGAAAACAUCUUUGGCAAUGACACAAUCUGUGUCCAUAGAGGAACCAUGAAGUACAUGGCUCCAGAGGUGCUAGAAGACCAGCAAUAUAAUGCGGCGGUGGACUGGUGGGCAUUUGGCAUCAUCCUGUGCCAAAUGGCCACUGGCAGGUACCCAUUUAAUGACAAAAAUGGGGUUGCAAAAUUGAGACACUCCAUCCUUGAGGAUAGACCCAAAGUUCCAGUCUGGACUCCCUCCAAAGUAGUCACUCUCCUUAAAAAGCUCCUGAGGAAGAAGGCUUCCAGUCGUUAUGGUAUCAACGGAAACAUCAGGCAAUGCGUCUUUUUUGAUUCAAUUGACUGGGAAGCACUGGAAAACAGGAGAUUGUCACCACCAUUCCAGCUAGAAGCUUUGCAGCAACCGGCUAGGAAUAAUGAAGGGAACAACUUAUUUUUGCAUGAGAGUGCACCAAGAGGAGUUAACAUCAUUGAAGGGUUUUCCUAUCAGAGUCCCAGCUGGCAGGAGUGACUCAGUGCAGCUAAGCGAUGAUGCACAAUAUCCUUUUUUUGCAUGCACAGUGUACCAUCAAAUGUCAAUCAACAUCUGCAUCCUUUCCCCAAGGCCCCGCCUAUUCCAUCAUUCCUAUUCCAUCAUUCCUAUUCCAUCAUCUGCCUCCUAACUUCUGCUCUGUCUCCAGCUUACACCAUCUAACUAGGCCAUCACCUUAAACAUCUGUCUGGCUAUGCCAUCUGUUAAACUGGCCCUGCUGUUUCUAUCUGCCCUUACUGUCUAGUCCAACUCAGUGGGUCACCUGCUUCACCUGGCUAAACUACCUCAGGAUUUUCUUUCUGGUAUUUUACCAUAACAACUUUAAUCUGUGUCAUUUACUCCAUCAAACAUCACCUUCUGCAAUUGACACAGAUUACCCCUUAACAUACUGUUGCCCCUUCACCAAGGUGUAUCUGUCUGUGCCAUCUAAGAUGCGCUACCAUCAAAUCCAACUAAUAUAACAGAUUACUGUCCUUCUUUGUAUCCACUUUGAGAGUAACAUCUACUUAACCAACUUAUCUGUUUACUCUCUAAGGCUGUUUAUGUCUGUUUUAUCUAUACCAUCUUUAAUCUGUGUCAUCAAUUUUAUUAAUAAAUGCUACCAUAUUUUCCAUCUGCAAUUAACAUCUAUUCCUCUAUUCCAUAACAUCGGCACCUUCUACCAUCUGAUCCAUCUGCCAUUUACAUCAGCUGCUCAGGAACCAUGCCAUCUGCUCUACCUGUUCUAGUCAAAGCAGCCAAUAACAUCUAGUCAAAGCAGCCAAUAACAUCUAUGUGGCUGAAAUUUUCAAAAAAUCCCCUUUUCCCACAGCAUAUAUUUCAUUCUAUCCCUUAUCCUUACUUAAUAUACCACCUCUCUGCCUAAAAUCAUAUUCCACCACCACACUUAAUUUGCCACUACUCAAUUCUAGACUUACAUACCUCUUCCAUUUCUCACUACAUCAUAAUAAUAUUGCAACUUCCCCAAAACCAACUUGCUUCCACUACACCAGUCAUAUAUAUAUAUAUAUCACAUACCCCCCCUCAAUAAACAAUACAAGGUUACAUCUCUCUCAUCACAACGUUGAUUCAGGGAUUCGUCCGAUUGCCAUUUUGGAAUCAGGAAGGAAUUUUUUCCCUGUCUGAGGCAAAUUGGCUAUAGCUUCAGAAGGGUUUUUCGCCUUCCUUUGAAUCAACUAUAAUAAGCCAUCAUCUUUUCCUCCAUUUAUAAUAAACACCUCUCCCCGUCACAGCUAAUAUCUUUUUCAAAUUUAAAAUAAAUAAGUUAUAAAAAUUAUAAAUAAAUUUAAAAUAAAGUCUUUAAUUGCCCCUCUUAAAAAAUGCAAUGA